GUUUAUUACCCUAACCACAAACGAAAACGUAAACAAACCGCGUCGCCUCGUCGCCCCUUUGCCCUUUUCCCCGCCCUUCGUCCGCCUUUGCCGAACCUGUCUUCUUUUUCCUCUUCUCAUCUUUGUCUUCUCUCAAUCCACGCAAGCAGAUCCCACCCCCUCCACGCGCAACAAACCUGCAUAUUGGCGUCUUUCAGCAACGACCAUCCUGACCCUGUAAUGGCUCCGAUGGCCGCUGUCGAGUCAUUUUCGCCGCUGUCGGCUCCCGCGCGCACUCCUGGUCGCAGAGUAUCGCCGACUCGCUCCUCCUCUCGCCGUGGCAGUGCUUCUUCUUCCGUUUCCUACUCGUCUUCGCCUUUCACUUCCGGUCGCGUUACAAGAGCAGCAGCCAAACACCCGCUCUCGCACAGCGUGCCUGCCGAACAGCUCUCGCCUCUCCGCCGCUCCACCGGCGUGCUUCAUCUUGAUCAGGCAUCGCUUGGCUCGCCUGUUCCCAAGCGCUCGUUUCUCUCGCAAUCUCCUGAUCUCCCGCACCAAGUGAAACGCGUCCAACCUCCUCCUUCGCCCCUCUCCAGAUCUGACGCGCCACCGUUUCCUACCUCUCCGUUCUCAGCUCCAACCGCCACCACCCCGGCCUCGCAGUCGAGACCACCGGCGUUUGCAAAGAGUAAACUCAGCAGCUUUGGUUUUGGCAAGAAGGAUCCGCCUGCGCCUCCGUCAGCAACCCAGCUUUUCAAAGUUCGCCGCACUCACUCGGUCGAAAACUUGCUCGCGCGCGACAGUCCGUUUUCAAGUAAUGGCCCGCUCCCGAGCGCGUCUUCUCACCCGCAUCCGCUCUCGCAGUCUUUGACGCCGUCGAAUAUGAACUCUGAAGAUGACGACGAUGUUGAUAUGAAGUCGUCAGGCUAUCGAUUUAAUUCUCUUGGUUUUGCGGCAAAGAAGAAACGACCGUCUCUUCCGGGCUCAGCAUCGUGGUCGACUCUCUCCAAUGCCAUGUCCUCGAAUUCAACAUCGUCUACAGAAACGCCUCCCAACUACCGUCUAGUCAAACCGUUCCAGCCUGCAUUCAUGAGCACCGGACUUCUGUCUAAGCGUAACCGGCAGAGUAACGAUUCAUUUGAAUCACGGCAUUUCGCGACUCCCGAGACACCAUGCAAAAGACCUGCUCAGCCUCAGUUUUCAGCUGCACCCUCGUCAUCUCUCAAGCCUUUGUCAGAUAUCUCUGUUCCCGACGUCUCCGAGACUUUCGAAAUGGCUAAUUCAGGCUAUGACUACGAAAUGCCGCCUACGCCUACCAAGGCUUUUGGGUCUCAGCAAGAGCCUUCGAUGCAUUUUCAAACAGCUACUGUGCCUCAGGGUUGGUCGAUCGCAAAUCCAGUCACUACCCCCGUGGAUUCCAGUUUCCAGUCAAUCUCGCCUACUGCCGGAAGCUUGCUCGACAUCAAGACUCCGAGUACACCAGCAAAGCCGGUUUUGGGGUACUUCAAUCCGUCGACCACUCCUGGCUCGAUUGCCGACUCGUUCUUGCAUGAGAAGUUCCAAGACGUGAGCGCCAUUGGCUCGGGCGAGUUUUCGUCGGUGUUUUUAGUCACUGAGCGCGAUUAUCCGCACAACAAGUACGCGAUAAAACGCAGCAAAACUGCUCUUAUGAGUCACAAGGCUUUGAAGAGACGCCUUGAGGAAGUCGAGAUCCUGAAAGAUCUCUCGUCACGGACUGAUAACGAGGACCGAGAGUACAUUAUCAAUUAUAUCAAUAAUUGGGAGUACCAGGGAUUUCUGUAUAUCAUGACCGACUACUGCGAGAACGGAAGUCUUGAUGUGUUUUUGGCUGAGCAUGGCCGCGUGUCGAAGUUGGAUGAAUGGCGGGUCUGGAAGAUCUUGGUUGAGAUUGCUUUGGGACUGCGGUUUAUUCAUGACGCGGGUUACAUCCACUUGGAUUUGAAGCCGGCCAAUGUUUUCAUUACUUUCGAAGGCUCAUUGAAGAUUGGCGAUUUUGGAAUGGCAACAAAGCUACCAGCGACCAAAGGAAUCGAGCGAGAAGGCGAUCGAGAGUAUAUUGCUCCCGAGGUGCUUGCGUUGCAAGAGUACUCCAAACCCGCCGAUAUCUUUUCGUUUGGGCUGAUCAUGCUCGAGAUUGCCGCCAACAUUGUGCUUCCUGACAAUGGCGCGCCCUGGCACAAGCUCCGGUCCGGUGAUCUUUCUGACGCAGGUCGAUUGAGCUCUAGCUCGGGCGAUCUGGCAAACGCGGGGAAUAACGCUAGCGGUCCGAAGAUUCCGUCGUGGGCGCCUAGCUUUAUGGCUGAUGACACCGACGCGCUAGAUCGGAUCGUGAAGUGGAUGCUGCGACCGAAUGCGAGCGAGAGACCGACGAUCGAGGAAGUGCUGGAGGCACCUGAGGUUCAGCUCGUGGAUACAAGGCGGAAAGCGGGAGCGAUCAUCUUUGAAGGAGAAUACGGUCCCAAGCCAGAUACGAAUGCGAUGAAGGAGGACGAAAAUGGCAAUAUGUUGGAUCCCGACGACGACUGGCGCAUGGAGCUAUAGUCCUCUCUAUCUGCUUCUAUCAGCCGUUCUUUUGAAACUUCUCAAUCGACUCUCCAGUUUUUGUUUCCGAUGCGAUCUCCACAAGUUGUUUUGCGUCUCCUCCAGUCUGUUAUUUUUGCCUCU